AUGCUAGCCCUUGAUCCUGCGGAUUCCCUAAUCGAGGGCUAUAUCCAACAGCACACGCCCACCACCAAGACCAAGAUCGUCGAGAUCGGAGGUCGCUAUGGCUUCGCCUCUGUCUCCCUCGUACAGAAACACCCAGAACUCUCAUUCGAAGUCCGCUCCGACUCUCAAGACUUUCUCGACCGCGGCAGCGCACAAGUUCCAUCUUCUUGUCGGGAACGAAUAUCCUUCAGUCAUUGCAAGUCAGUUUUCGAUUCACCCCCCACGUGCGAUACGCAUACGGUAUGGCUAUACGUUAUUAGGAACUUGUUGUGGAAUUGGUCUGAUACAGAUGUUGUGAGAUUGAUGAGAGCUAUUAAACAAGGAGUGGGCGCAUCUACCCGUAUCUUGGUUACCGAUGGCGUGUCUCCCGUGUCAGGGCAAUUCCCACUACAUGAGGAGAUUGCGUAUCGACGGAGGGAUAUUACGACUAUGAGUAUGCAUAACGUGAAGCAGAGGACACAGGAGGAGUGGGUAGGGGUGUUCAAGCAAGCUGCCCCGAGUGUACGGGUGGAGUCUACACUUGGGAGAAGUUCGCAUGUCUAUAAGGGGCUAUGGGAGAUUAGCUUUGUCGAUGAAUGA